CGGAAGUGGGUGCUGCGACUCCAAGAUGGCGUCUCCUCCUCAGGGGGGCCCGAUGGCGAUCGCGAUGCGGCUUCGGAACCAGCUCCAGGCCGUCUACAAGAUGGACCCGCUCCGGAACGAGGAGGAGGUGAAAGUGAAGAUGAAGGAGCUGAACGAGCACAUCGUGUGCUUCCUUUGCGCGGGCUAUUUCAUCGAUGCCACCACCAUCACGGAAUGCCUGCACACCUUUUGCAAAAGCUGCAUCGUGAAGUACCUGCAGACCAGCAAGUACUGCCCCAUGUGCAGCACCAAGAUCCACGAGACGCAGCCGCUCCUCAACCUGAAGCUCGACCGCGUCAUGCAGGACAUUGUCUACAAGCUGGUCCCUCGCCUGCAGGAGAGUGAGGAGCGAAGGAUCCGCGAGUUCUACCAGUCCCGAGGCCUGGAGCGUGUGAGCCAGCCCAGCGGCGAAGAUCCGACCUCUGAGCACGUGGGCCUGCCGUACACAGCCUUCGACCACUCGCGCGCUCACUACCACCGCUUCGACGAGCACGUCCUGCUCUGCCUGGAGAAGCAGGGCUCUGGCAAGGAGAAGCACAAGCACGUCCUGCAGCACAAGUACGUCCGCUGCUCUGUCCGGGCGCAGAUCCGCCACCUCCGCCGAGUGCUGUGCUGCCGACUGGAGCUGCCCCUUCCGCAGCUGCAGGUCCUGCUCAACAGCGAGGUGCUCCCCGACCACCUGACUCUGAAGCAGCUGUGGCUCUCGCGCUGGUACGGCAAGCCGGCCCCGCUCCUGCUCCACUACAGCGUGAAGGAGAAGAGGAGGUAACGGGGCUGCGAGGCAUCGUGCCCCCGCUCGCUCACCGCUUCCACACCGCUUUAACUUAAGCCUGCUUUCCCUUCGAUAGGAGUUUAUUUUUGGAAUAAAAGUACUGAAUGAGA